AUGCGCUUUGAGCAGUUAGGAGAUUGGGAAGAACUUGAUGCAUCUAUUUCCUAUACUCGUAUUGUAAUUGGACUUCGUCCUCAAGGUCAUCCGGAUUGCUCCGAAGCAAUCGAAAAUCUUGGCCUUACUCUUUUCAUGCAAUUCAAGCAAUAUGGAAAUAUAGAUGAUCUCGAGGAGAUGAUCUCGUUACACCGUGCUGCCCUUGACAGUCUCCCAGAAGACCAUUCCGAUCAUUCAUCAUCUCUGAAUAAUCUCGCGGCUUCCUUGACAAUUCGAUUCAAACAGUCUGGACAGUCUGGGGACCUCAAUGAGGCCAUUGAGCUUCACUGUGCUACAAUGGAACUUCGCCCCAAAGGCCAUCCUCUUCGUUCUAGGUCUCUUAGUAACCUUGCAGCUUCACUGGCACAACAAUUUGAACAGUGUAAACUGUUGGAGGAUAUCAGCAAGGCCAUUGUGCUGCAUUGCACUGUCCUGGAACUUUGUCCAAAAGGCCAUCCCAGUCGUUCAUCAUCCUUAAUUAAUCUAGCAGGUUCCCUACAAACUCGAUUUGAAUAUUGUGGUAAAACCGAAGACCUUGAUGAAGCUGUUGACCUUCUUCGUGCUGCUCUUGAAGUUAACUCAGAAGGUCAUCCCCUUUGUUCCAUGUCUCUAAACAAUCUUGCAAAUUCCUUGGCAAGUCAAUUCGAGCUGUGCAGACACUCGGAGGAUAUUGACGAGGCCGUUGCAUUUCAUUGUGCUGCCUUAGAGCUUUGUCCCAAAGGCCAUCCUGAUCAUUUCAUGUCUCUGACUAAUCUCGCAAAUUCUUUUGCAAGUCAAUUUGAACAGUUUAGACGUAUGGAGGAUGUCAAAGAGUCUGUCAAGCUUCACUGUGCUGCUCUGGAACUUUGUCCACAGGGCCAUCCCCUUCGCUCUGUAUCUCUGAACAAUCUCGCAGGUUCGCUGCAACCUCGAUUUGACCAGUAUAGCCAGAAGGAGGACCUCAACAUGAUCAUCAAGCUUUGCUGGGCUGCCUUGGAACUCAUUCCCAAACACCAUCCCAACCGUCUCUCAUCUUUGAAUAACAUUGCAGCUUCCCUGAAAGCUCGUUUCGUGCGGCACAGGGAGACAGAAGAUCUUGAACAGGCCAUUGACUUCCAACAAAGUGUGCUGGAACUUUGUCCGAAAGAUUAUCCCCUUCAUUCUUUGUUGAUUAAUGAGCUUGCAGCCUCUCUACAAACUUGCUUCGAGAAACAGAGACGGGUCGAGGAUUUCGACAAGAUGAUUAAGCUUUACCGUGCUGCCCUAGAGCUUUCCCCAGAGGGUCAUCGUCAUCGUCAUGUGUCUCUUAACAACCUCGCAGGUGUGCUGAAAGCUCGAUAUAAACAGUACAGAAGGGUGGAAGACGUUGAAGAGGCCAUUAGGCUUCACCGCACUAUCCUAGAGCUCCUCCCCGAAGGCCAUCCGCAUCUUCCUAUGUCCCUCGAUAAUCUUGCAAAUGCUCUGCAAGCUCAGUUUGAACAGCUGAUGCAGAUGGAGGACCUCGACGAGGCCAUUGAGAUUCACCGUGUAGCCUUACAGCUUCGUCCCGAUGACCACCCUGAUCAUUCCAUGGCUCUGAAUUACCUUGCAAUUUCACUAAGAACUCGAUUCAGGCAGUACAAGCGAACAGAGGAUCUUGAAGAAGCCAUUGCACUUCACCGCAGUGCUCUAGUACAUCGCCCCAAUGGCCAUCCUGAUCGUUCAGUGUCUCUCUAUAAUCUGGCAAAUUCUUUAUUUACUCGAUUUCAACACUAUGGUCGGACGGAAGACCUUAAUGAGGCCAUUGGGCUUCAUCGUGCUGCAUUGGAACUUCGUCCUGGAGGCCAUCCUGAUCGGCCCAUGUCUCUGAAUGCUCUUUCCGGAUCGCUGCGAACUCGGUUUGAACAGCAGGGACGGACGGAUGAUUUUGCAAAUUCGCUAGCACGUCGAUUCGAACGCCAUGGACGGAAGGGGGACCUCGACCAGGCCAUUGAGUUUCAUCGUACCGCUCAAGAACUUCGUCCCGAAGGUCAUCCGGAUCGUUCCAUGUCGCUGAAUAACCUUGCGAAUUCCCUAGCAAGUCGAUUUCAACAGAAUGGAAGAAAGGAGGACUUCGAAGAGGCCAUUCAGUUUCACCGUGCUGCCUUGAGACUUCGUCCAAAAUGUCAUCCUUUUCGUUCCUCGUCUCUGAAUAAUCUCGCAACUUUGCUACUGCGAGCUCAGUCCGGUCGACAUACACAGGUUGUGGACCUCGACGAGGCCAUCGAGCUUUUCCAUGCUGCCUUAGAGCUUCGCCCGGAAGGGCACCCUGACCGCUCCUCGUCAUUGGCGAAUCUCGCAUUUACCUUAUUCUCUCGUUUCGAGAAAUCUGGGCGUAUGGAAGAUUUCGAAGAAUCCAUGCGUCUUUUAGAACUCGCUACCGAGCAUGAAUUUUCUAGUUCGGUGAUUCGUCUCGAAUCCGCCAGUCGAUGGGCUUACUAUGCUCGAACCCAUGCUCAUCAUACUACAUCCAGAGCCUAUAAGGUGGCAAUGUCGCUGCUGCAACGUGCACUCACUGUCAGUCCCACGCUCCAUGCUCAGCACGACUUCCUCAAAAGGAAUAUCAUCUACUACAGAAUGUUUGCGUCAGAUGCAGUAGCGUACGCUGUCGAGGAAAAUAGGCUUGAAGAGGCUAUAGAGAUACUUGAGCAGGGAAGGGGUUUACUCUGGUCGCAGAUGCGCGGCUUCAGGGCACCAUUGGAUCAACUCAUGGAAGCAAAUAAGGAGCUUGCAAAGAGACUCAAGAGUGUUAGUCAUCGGCUAGAAAAACAGCAUUCGUUUGACGAGAUGCUGAAAUUGAAGAGGCAACUCUCGAUCGAGCAGGAGGAGGUUAUCAACGAGAUACGGAAGAUCCCUGGGUUUGAGAACUUCCUUGCAGCCACGCCAUUUGCGCUGCUGCAACGGGCGGCUCAAGAGGGACCAGUCAUUGUGGUCAAUCAUAGCGAACAACGAUGCGAUGCCAUUAUCGUUCUUUCCCGCGAGGAUUCACCGGCUGUCUGUGUCCCAUUAGAUGGAGAGUUCUAUAAGGAUAGCGUUUCGUUGUACAUCAAGCUCUUGGAAACGCGAAAACAAUUUACCGCUGACUCGCCCGAAUAUGACGAGGAGCUCAUUGAAGCACUGAAGAUGUUGUGGGAGAGGGUCGUCUCCAAGGUCGUCGAGAAACUGAAGGAGCUGGGGAUUGUUGAAGGUUCACGCAUUUGGUGGUGCCCUACGUCUGCACUGUCUGCGCUUCCUUUCCAUGCGGCAGGUCCAUUUACUGAUGCAGAUGGUGCCAUGAAGUAUCUAUUGGACAUAUACGUCUCGUCAUACACUCCGACAAUUGGAGCACUCAUUAAUGCGCGGUUAACGAAUGGGAACGGAGGAGAACCGACAGUGCUUGUUAUCGGAGAUACUUCACUCCCGUCAGCUAAGGAAGAAAUUCGCAGAAUCAAGAAUUGUGGCAUGGCGCCUAAAUUGCUCGGUAGCAAGGUAUCUCACAGGACGCUAAUCAAAGCGCUUCAGAAAACAACAUGGGUCCAUUUUGUUUGUCAUGGAGGCUUAGAUCCAAAGCCUUUCAACUCGUCAUUUAAGGUGUCCGAACGUGGGCUGACUUUACUUGAUAUUGUUCGAGCGAAUCUUCCGGACGCAGAGUUCGCAUUCCUUUCUGCAUGCCACACUGCCGAGCAGUCUUUCGAGGUUGCACACGAUGAAGUGCUCCAUCUAGCUGCGGCAAUGCAGUUCUCCGGAUUUCGAAGUGUGAUUGGAUCGAUGUGGGAGUUACUUGAUGAGGAUGGCCCUUUUUUCGCCAGGACGGUUUAUGAGUACAUGUGCGACUGUGACGAGGGUGAAGCGAGGUAUAAGCGGGCGGCUGUUGGGCUGCGCAAAGCAGCUGUCGAGCUGAAAGCACGGGAUGGCAUGCGUACUGAAAGAUGGGUCAAUUUAGUUCACAUCGGUGCUUGA